GUGUUUUAACAACCAUCCCAAUCAUUCUCAAACAUGAGUUUCCAAGAUAAAGUUGUAAUUGUGACAGGCGCCAGUUCUGGCAUUGGAGCUGCCAUUGCCAUCAGGUUUGCAGAAGAAGGAGCUAAAGUAGUAUUAGUGGGCAGAAACCAAGAGAAACUAAACAACGUCUCGAAAAAAUGUGGAAAUCCUUUAAUUAUCGCUGCCGACGUAUCUAAAGACGAAGACGCUAAGAGAGUUAUUGAAGAAACCUUAAGGUAUUUUGGACAAAUUGACGUUUUAGUAAACAACGCUGGCAUAACAGGAUCUUCAAAGAUUUUAGAAGACGGCGCCAUUCAAGCUUAUGAUCGGAUAAUGUCUAUAAAUCUACGCGCAGUAGUUGUCUUAACACAUCUUGCUGUACCACAUCUAGUAAAAUCAAAAGGUAACAUUGUGAACAUAUCAAGUGUUGCUGCUCUUAAAGUGUUUUCUGGAAUUUUCGCAUACUGUACAUCAAAGGCUGGACUAGAUCACUUCACUAGAGCUGUGGCACUUGAACUAGCUCCACUCGGUGUUCGUGUCAACGUGAUCAACCCAGGACCUGUAAAAACAGAUAUAAUUGAAAAUGCAGGCGCUCCAAAGGAAAUAGCGGAAGCCUCUUUUAAUGCAAUGACAAAUAUGACUGCACUCUCAAGAAUUUCGGAUCCUGUGGAGGUAGCUGAUCUGGUUUUGUUUAUAGCUAGUGAUAAAUCUAAGGCCAUCACAGGAUCAUCUAUUGUGACUGACAAUGGAACGAUGAUAAAAAGUUCUGACAUUACGCCACUAGAAUUAUAAGUCCUAAAAUGCGUGAAAAAUUGACAAUUAAUCGCUGUUGCCAUAACUAUUACUUCCUGUAAGAAUGUACAUAUAAACAAAUACAUGUUUCCUUUUUAA